AUACAUGGAACCAAAGGGAAGAAGAAGACGAAGCCGGUUCUCUUGAAAAUGUUUCCCGUCGGUGUUAUUUCACUGCUGCACACAGUUGGAAAGUGCUGCGCCAGGAAAACUAUUCAAAUCUCACAGUUUUACAGCUGUGAUGGCCAAGCUUCAGGGCUUUGACUUCUGGAAGAACACUCUGAAGGAGGCGCGCUUCGUGGUGGCCCCCAUGGUGGACCAGAGCGAGCUGGCCUGGCGCCUGCUGAGCCGCAGACACGGCGCUCAGCUCUGCUACACCCCCAUGCUGCACGCUCAGGUGUUUGUGCGUGAUGCCAACUACAGGAAAGAAAACCUCUACAAUGAAGUCUGCGAGGAGGACAGGCCUCUCAUUACUCAGUUUUGUGCCAACGAUCCCGAGGUGUUCCUUCAGGCGGCUCUGCUGGCCCAGGAUUACUGCGAUGCCAUCGACCUCAACCUGGGCUGUCCGCAGAUGAUCGCUAAGAGAGGACACUAUGGAGUUUUUCUACAAGAUGAAUGGGAACUGUUGGAGAAAAUGGUCAGGUUAGCCAAUGAAAAGCUCUCUGUGCCGAUCACAUGUAAGAUCCGGGUGUUCAAGGAGGUGGAGAAGACGGUCCGCUACGCCCAGAUGCUCGAGAAAGCAGGAUGUCAGCUGCUCACUGUUCAUGGCAGAACCAAAGACCAGAAAGGAGCCAUGACUGGUAUCGCAAGCUGGGAGCACAUCAAGGCCGUACGGAAGGCAGUCAAUAUUCCAGUGUUUGCAAACGGUAACAUCCAGCACCUGAGUGACGUGGAGCGCUGCAUUCAGGAGACGGGAGUGCAGGGAGUCAUGAGUGCAGAGGGGAACCUCCAUAACCCAGCGCUGUUUGAGGGCUGCAGCCCCCCGGUGUGGGAGAUGGCUGAGGAGUAUCUGGAGGUGGUGAAGCAGUAUCCUCCGUGCACGCUGUCCUACGUACGAGCUCACCUCUUCAAGCUGUGGCAUCACACUCUGCAGAUCCAUCAGGACCUGAGGGAGGAGUUGGCCAAGGUGAAGACACUGGAAGGUUUGGCAGACGUCAGCAAACAGCUGAGGCUGCGCUGCCAGGAGGAGAUAGCCAAAGGAAAGGAUGCAGAAGAGAAGAAGGGUGGCCUUCCUUUUCCUCACUGGAUCUGCCAGCCGUACGUCAGGCCACCGCCAAAAGAGCCCGUCGCCAACGGCAACAGCCAGGGGUCAGAGGUGAAGAAGACGGUGUGUCAGAAGAGGGCGCUGGAGGACUCAGAUGGAACGGCCGACACGCUCUCCAAAAACAAGCAGAAGAAGAGAUCCCGCAACCCCAACAAGAACUUCUGUCCAGAGCAGAAACCCAAGUACAUCAAAUGUGAUCAGUGCGGGAACCCAAAGGGAAAUAAAUGUGUCUUCAACUUGUGUCGAGGCUGCUGUAAGAAGAAAGCCUACAAGGAGGUGGCAGACUGUCCAAGCCACGGGCUGAGGUUCAAGACCAAGGCAGAGAAACGGAAAGCUGAGGAGGAUGAACAGAAGAAUGACGAGCAGAAGGAGGAAUCAGUGGCAGAGAGAAGCAGCAGCUCUCCUCAGCCUUUCCCUGAUUCAUGUACAGAUAUUCAGGAGCAGUCUAAGGCUCGUCUGCUGCUAUGAGCAGGACUCAGGCUAUCUCUACAUACACAAACCAAACUGCUGUUAAUACACCUCUGAACUGUGAUGCAUUAAAGUCUCUGCUGGGUACAAGUCAUUUUUCUAAUAACGCAACAUCUGUGAAGUGUUUUCAUGCCAAAGGGUCACACAACGUUUCAGACAUGUUGGACUGAAGAAUAGUUGAUCCCAUUUGUGUCUGCAGGCUGUGAUGUGAACCUACUAGGAUUUAUUCAGCUGGGGAUGAGGACUGGAAGGCUUCAUGGAUCAGCUAACCAGGCUGUUAUGUGCAUGCAGAGGUAGACAGUGAUCUGUGAGGAGAUGAUGUACAUACAGCUGCCAAAUAGACUCAAUGUCUGCAGGAAGAGACUGAUGGACAAGUACUGAUGCUGAUUGACAGCCAAAACUGUAAAACAUAUUCAGCAUAUUAUUUGUGUGAUGUGGACUUUGGGGACAAUAACUAGCUGAAAAUGGAAGAGUUCAAUUUUAUGUCCGUCUUUUUUUUAUUUGAAAGAACUUCUGAAGACAAGUUUCAGAUGUUGUUUUAGCUACUGCUCUUACUGAGUCAUCACAGCGAAAAGAUUCAGAAACUGUCAGAUCAUUUUGACGUGUCAGAGCAGAAAUGUCGGCUCCAUUCCACUGAAGGGAGGUUCAGCUGUUCUGUAGACUGAUUCCCUGUCAUGGAUGUGAAAUGUUGAUGACGGUAGUUUCACCUGUGACAAGUCAAAAUGUCUGCUGUUGGACAAAAUUCCUUUUCUUGACAUUUUAUUUCUUUCUUUUAAGGUCCUGAAUGCGGUUACAUGAGCUGAACUAUUUAUUUUGGGUAAAGGGUUUGCCUGUAGUGCAUUGACCUCCUGUAUGUUUGUGCCUUUUGAUGAUAAACACCACUGCCUGUCCAGACUUGAGCACAUGAGAGGGAACAGAGGGAGGGAAAGUGGUGCUCAGUGAAUACACAGUCCAAAAGAAAUUACUUUAAAGGUGCUACCUGCCUGUGUAAUUGUGCGUACAGUGAAAAAACUAAGCUUUACAUUUUG